CUCCAGUAUAAGAGCCUGGGGUCGCCCCAGCCUGGCAGAUACCGCUCCCUCUUUUGUGGCGCACCAGAUUUCUUAUCAAGAUCUAAAAUCAGUGCGGGAUAUACGCCUAAAUAUAGCUGGGUUUGUUUGUUGAUAUUUGUGACACUUACGGAGAAGUUGGGUCAGGGGUUAAAAGCUUUACAAUAGGCCAAAGUAAGCACCUCUGUGAAGACGAUGCGGGAAGACGACUCCUCCCCGAUGGACAGCGCCGGGAACAGCGAGGAGGAGAGCGACCGUCAGCUGCCACGGAGAGGGGCGAGGAAGCGGCGCGCAGCGCGCAGGAGCACAGACGAGGAGGAGGAGGAGGGAGGCGUGGCGAGUCCCAUCCGGAGCAAGAAAAAGUGCAGGAAGAUCUGUGAGGGCGGAGGGAGCGGAGGGAGCGAGGCCAGUAGCAACAGUCCCGCGCGCUCCUUCGACGACCUGCAGACUCAGCGCGUGAUGGCCAACAUCCGCGAGCGGCAACGGACGCAGUCCUUGAACGAAGCGUUCACGUCGUUACGCAAAAUCAUCCCCACCCUCCCGUCCGACAAGCUCAGCAAGAUUCAGACGCUGAAGCUGGCGGCCCGCUACAUCGACUUUCUGUGCCAGGUCCUGCAGAGCGACGAGCUGGACGCUCGAGGGACCAGUUGCAGCUACGUGGCGCACGAGCGCCUCAGCUACGCGUUCUCAGUUUGGAGGAUGGGAGGUGCGUGGUCCUUGUCCACCACUUCCCACUAACCGGACCUGGGAUGUCUGUGAUGAGACAUCAGGACUGAGGAACCAGUGAAUCAGGCCAAAGACAGCCGUGACCCCGGAUCAGUUGCUUCGCUUCAGGCCUCUGAGGGAAGCAGUCCGUUCACAUUUCCCUUUGCAUGGAUUGUAAUGUUUGCAAUGGGACCACUUAGGACAGCCUGGGCGGAUAUGAAGAAAGAGAGAGACCACUGCGACUAUGAAUGUUGUAAAAACAAAAAGAGCCCCUGACAAACUGCUCUGUUUUGAAACACGAGAGAAAAAAAAAAGGCAAUCAACUCCACAUUCCCUGUGACAGUGUUUCAUGGAAAAUGAAGUAUCUUGUAUUUAUUUUUGUAUGCAGGUAUGAAAUUCUUUCAUCCGCUUUCUCCAAUAAAGCUUAUUUAUUUUCUGGAUAUCACAGAGUGUUGAACUGAAAAACUAUUUUUGUCUUGUAAAUAUUUGUUAAUUUGUCAAAUAAAGAUAAAAAUAUUCAGUCUUUCA